GCGCCGCCAGAGACGCCGAGCAGGUGCCCGAGAUGGCCGGAGCCACCAGCCGGAGCCGGAGCCGGGCGGGCCCCGCGCCCUCGCCGCCGCCCCCCGCCCGCCCCGACCCCACGACGCCGCCGCCGCUGGCCGCCCCGACGCCGGACGCCUCGCCCGCCCCGUCCUCGGCGGCAGCGGCCCCGUCCUGCUGCGGGGCCCUCCCGCCGUCGCCCUCCCUCGUCCUGCUGCUCUUCUUGGCCGCCGCCGCCGCCUCGCUGCUCCCGACAGGUGAUGGACAGAAUUUGGUCACAGAAGACGUGACUGUCGUAGAAGGAGAAGUUGCCACCAUCAGUUGCAGAGUCAAGAACAGCGACGACUCCGUGAUUCAGCUCUUGAAUCCCAACAGACAGACGAUUUAUUUCAGAGACUUCAGGCCUUUGAAGGACAGCAGGUUUCAGUUAGUGAAUUUCUCUAGCAGCGAGCUCAGAGUGUCGCUGACAAAUGUCUCUAUUUCGGACGAAGGAAGAUACUUCUGCCAGCUCUACACGGAUCCACCCCAGGAAUAUUACAUGACCAUUACUGUGCUUGUUCCGCCACGUAACUUGAGGAUCGAACCCCAGAAGGAAACAGCAGUGGAAGGAGAAGAGAUUGAGCUGAAUUGUACGUCGAUGGCCAGCAGACCAGCCACGAGCAUCAGAUGGUUCAAAGGCAGCAAGGAGCUACAUGGCAAAGUAGACGUGGAGCAGUGGUCAGACAUGUACACGGUGACGAGCCAGAUUUCCUUGACGGUCAAGCGGGACGAUGAUGGGGUCCCAGUUGUCUGCCAGGUAGAACAUCCGGCCGUCAAAGACAUGCAGACCAAGUACUACCUGGACGUCAUGUAUAAGCCUCACGUGCAGGUCUUGCAGACUUUCCCAGCACAGCUGCCGACGAGAGAAGGAGACCUCCUUGACCUCGUAUGCCAAGUGGAUGGGAAGCCAGAGCCUACGGAUGUGACGUGGCUGAGAGUGGACGAUGAGAUGCCUCAGCAUGUGCUGGUGUCUGGCUCCAACCUUCACAUUAACAGCCUGAACAAGAGUGAUAAUGGCACGUACCGCUGCGAGGCUUCCAACGAAGUGGGGAAGUCUUUUUCUGAUUUCACACUUUACGUCUACGAUCCCCCCACAACUUCCCCUCCACCCACAACAACCACCACCACUACUACCAUCCCUACCAUCAUUGCAGACACAACAGCGACGACAGAGCCGGCAGUUCACGGCUUUACUCAGUUGCCAAAUUCCGCCGAAGAGCUGGACUAUGGGGACCUCUCAGAUUCUCGAGCGGGUGAGGAAAGUGCCAUCACAGCUGUGGACCAUGCCGUGAUCGGUGGAGUUGUUGCCGUCGUGGUCUUUGCGAUGCUCUGUCUCCUUAUCAUUUUGGGCCGAUACUUUGCAAGACACAAAGGUACAUAUUUCACUCACGAAGCCAAAGGAGCUGACGAUGCAGCUGACGCUGACACAGCUAUAAUCAAUGCAGAAGGAGGACAGAAUAACUCGGAAGAAAAGAAAGAGUACUUCAUCUAGAUCCGUCUUGGUUUCCAUGAGGUGUCCAACCGCGGACAGUUACUGGCCCUGUGUAGAAGAUAAAGACAGUGAUGUUGGAAGUUGCUACCAGCUUAUGGCUUUUUUUCCUCUGUCUCUCUCUGUCUUUUUUUUUUUUUUUAAUUCCUUUCCCCCUCCAGUGCUGUUUGUUUUUGUUUUUUAGUUUGUUUUUUAAUGAAUGGUUGGAGAAGUGUGUGGGCGAGUCCAGGAUUUCCUAUGUGAAAGUGUUCUUUGUAAAGUACACUCUGCUGUUCGACACCUCAGUUUCUUUGGGUUUUAAUUCUCCAGCCAAGUCCGACUUGGAUUUAGUUUAGUUCCAUCAUUUGCAGAAAAUUCUGUGCCUUGUUUUACUUCUUGUUUUAUUGGAGGGAGGGGUGGAGGGAGGGAAGGAGAGCAUAUGGUUUCAUAUUCCUUUUUUCUUUUCUUCCUAGCCUCUCUUGGAAUUGCCUGCUGGGAUCCCUUGAAAAUAGAUUUGUGUUUUUUCUCAAGUGUUUUCUUCAUUUGUUUUUUGUUUUGUUUCUGUUUUUUAAAAAAAACAAAAACCCUCCUGGGUUGUUUUUCGUUGUUGUUGUUGUUGUUUGAAACUGUGUCAUCAAAGGAGAACCAGCACACCUUAGAUUUCAUCGUUUGAAAUUCAGUGUGUCCAUAAUCCAUUCUACUCCCUUGUCAUGAAAGCUUGGAUGAACAAACUUCUUAGGAGAACGGUUUGCGGCCGCCCUGGUUUCCAGUGCAGCGAAGACUAGAAAAUGCGCUGCCGCUUGUGAGAUCUGGCUCUGCUUUCAUGGCGAGACAGAACCGUGCCUGGUUAUCUGCAAGCAAAGUGUGUGCCCCCCAGGAGAUCAGAGUCUGUGUCGAAAGACUCCUCGACUCAGGACACCUCGUCCUGUCUGGACAGGAGCUGGGCGUUGGAGGCAUCUUCCUGCGCUUUGCCCUAAGCAGCCGUGACAGCCGAGGGCUGCUCCUUCCAUGCAAGCAGGCAAAUUUGAGUUGUCACCGGAGACAAAGGGGGGAGGGGAGAUGAAGUUCUGCUCUAAUUAUUUCUGUUCCAAACGAUCCCAUCAACGGUUCCCAAUUGGCCUCACAUCGCUGUAAUUUGCUAGAAACAGAAAAAUCUUUCUGAUGUGAAAGGCAUGUGAAUCAGCCAACGUUUUUAUUUCUGCCUCUGUUUAUCCCUUCUUCUCUUUUGUACUUGGUUAAAGAGGGCACGGAGAGAAAGGGAGGUGCUAAGAUUGCAGCCUGCAAGUACCGUACAUUAGAUAUUGGUCAUGCUGAGGUCUCCAACCAGAGACUGUGUGAAACUUUUCAUUCCUUCGGAUUUGACUUGACAAAAGGCAGGAGGGGAGAGAAGAAAAGCAGGGAUUGUUUUCAUGCUGGACUGCCCAGCAUCUCUGUUCCGGAAAGGUCAGAGCAGAGGUGGAGAAAUCAGCAUGGAGGUUUUUCAGUUACUUAAUCCAAAACUCUAAUGUUGAGUGUGUGAGGUUUUGUGUUUGAGCGCCCCCCCCGCCCCGCUCCAUUUCCCUAACUGUGCACCUUCUGAAUGCUAGCCUUGGCCUCUUUCCUCAGCCUUAAGAGCCGUCUGCCAACAAGUUACUGAUCCUUGCAUGAUGGUAGUCAUGGUGAAGAGAUACUAAAAAUAAGCUUACCUUGAGAAUGCUGGAGAUCUGAAGCCGUGGGAGAAAGAGAGAGCCAAGGACUGAUGGCUGCCACUUGCUAUUCCCGCCCCCCCCACACACACACACCAGAAAAAGGGGGAAAUGUGGACAGUCCUAAUGUCAAGGUGCACAGGAGAGUGGGGGAUGUACCCAUCUGACACCUUUUAAAAAGGAGGAAACACCUUUGGCGUGAACAAAAAUUAUGCUCAGCCCCCAGUUCACGUUGGGAAGGUAGAAGGGGAACACUUCAAGAAGUGAUGGAUUUUUUGAGUGAUGGAUUUUUACAACUGCUGUGCUAACAUAGAACGUUCUCUGAAUGUCAGCAUCUCCUUUGUUUUUUAAAAAAGAGACUUUUAAAGAUGUAUUUGCUCUUUAAAUUAAACCAUUUAGAUGCUAUAUUUUUAGUGACCGAUCAGGUAUGCAAAGCAAACCCCCCCUUUUUUUGUUUUUUUGGUACAGUGUUUUCCUUUUUUUCUCCCUCACAAGCCUUCAAACCAUAAAAACGCAAACUGACCCUUUUAUGCUCGAGCCAAUAUUUUUUUGUAUUGCGCGGUUCUCGUUUCUCAGCCUCGUGUACCACUUGAGACCACCGACGAUCCACCGAAGGGCAAAGGAUAGUGACUGGAAGGGGGGGGGGCUUUUCUACGGUCAUGGAAUCGGCAUCCUGUUUUCCUGAGCAGCUUCUCUUUGUUUUGAAAAGUGUGCAGUAGUGCCGUGUUCCCAAUGUAACUUUGACUUAAUAAUGUUGACAUGUCUCAGGUCCAUGUGUUUUGAUUGGUGUUUUCCGUCUCAGGUAGAUCACGAAAUGUUUUGGCCCCACACGUUGGAAGAGAAACACAACAAGCAACCACAACAGGAAAUUAUGGAUUUUAGUUGCGUAUCAAGUUUAAAGGGAUUUUUUUUUUCCUGCAAGUAAUACAGUGCACUGUUUGAAAUGUAUUGUUAAGUAUUGAUUUGUACAGGGUUAGAUUACAAGCAUUUGUUAAGAGUGGAGAAAGAACAAACUUGUUUCUUGGGGUUCUGUGGCUUGGGGUGAAACGGAACAAGGAGUGUUGACGACACAAAUGAAGCAGGCAGCCUUGAUGCCAAAUGAGCUUGUUCUUUACUCCCCGGCGUGACCGUUCUUACUUUUGCCCCCUUUAGGCCGGUUCUGUUUAAGGUGUCCAUGGACGAUGUUGCCGUGUAAGAAAACGCAUUUCCAUAUCUUCCCAUUCACAUUUUGUAUUGGUUCAUGUAUACCAUUUUUACAAAGAAAAAGAAGUACUAUAAAGUAUCUGUCUUCUUAAUAAAAACAAAUUAAUGUUACAAAACUA